AUGUCGCAGGUAUAUGCUCAGCAAGCAGAGGCAGCGGUCCCUCAAAGCGAACGACGUCCACCCGCCACAGCCGCUGAACUCGAUGAUGAACAGCGUGCCCAUGAUGACGACAGCGAUGUAAGCGACGAGGAACCAGGAGAUGAUUUGCCAUCAAAUCCCGAAAUCGCUCCAGCAUCACUUUGGAACCGCAAAGAUAUUGUCCAAUUCAAGAACACCAUCAAGAAAGAAGGCAGCGAGGGAAUCAUCAAGGUCGGGCACGGCGAGACUGUUACAGUCCGCGUUCCCACUCAUGAAGACGGAACAUGCCUUUUUUGGGAGUUCGCUACCGAUUAUUAUGACAUUGGCUUCGGUGUAUAUUUCGAAUGGACUAUUGCUGACAGUAAUCAGGUUUCGAUCCACGUGAGCGAAUCCGACGAUGAAGAAGAUUACGACGAGGCAGCUGCAGAGGGGGUUGAGGCAGGAGCCUCACCACCCGCUCCAGCGGUGGGAGAUGUCGAGAGCGGUGGUCCGCAACGUCGCAUUCGUGAUCCAAGCAAGCCUAAGCAGGAUGAGAUUAUUCCCGUGUAUAGGAGGGAUUGUCACGAAGAGGUUUACGCCGGAAGCCACAGUUACCCCGGAAGAGGAGUGUAUCUAUUGAAAUUUGACAAUUCCUAUUCGCUUUGGCGAUCGAAAACCCUUUACUACCGUGUGUAUUACAGUAAGUAA